AUGAGGAGCAUCUGUUACCUCGUUCUCGUCUUAUUGCCUUUGGCGUACACAGCCCCAUCAACUUGUAAUUCAUAUUAUGUAAGAUGGCCUAGAGUGAAGUUAAACUUCAAAGCAGUGACCAAUGCUCGUUUGAACCUCAAAGCUUGUCAAAGUGCUUGCAGUCUUGGUGAAGAUCCUGUAGUACCAGGUAGAAAGCUAGAAUGUGCGGCCAUGAAUCAUCAUCCAUCUCCUGAUGGGUUUUCUCAUCAAUGCGAUGUUUUUCAACCUCAUCAACUCCAAAACGUGGAUGGUUAUGUUGAGGCAGAUGAUAGAUAUUCUUUCUACUGGAAGUAUUGUCUAAACUCAACCCGCAAAUGUGGCGCUGACUAUGCUUUCACAUUCCUUUCUGAUCGCUUCAUGGAUCAUAAUGAAGUUGUUCGUGUCGUGAAAAUGAGCAGUUUAGAAGAAUGUUUGACAGAAUGCUUGGAAGAAACUUCUUUCCCUUGUCGUUCCAUCAGUUUCAAUCGAACAGAUGGAGGAUGUCAUUUAUCAGCCAACUCUCAACUUACAAAACCGGGAUCUGUGAAGUUGAACAACAACCCCAACUUCAGAAUAGAUUAUUACGAGAACAAUUGUUAUAAUAUGUCUGAAUCAUUCAAAUUUGAACAGGAGUGCCGAGAAGAUGGAGUUAUGGUACGAGUCAAGAGCAAGUUCCCUUAUACGGGAGCCUUAUAUGGCUUAUAUGAUUUCUUUACCUGCCGUAUUGAGCCAAAAGAACAAAAUUCUUUUGAAUAUCUGUUCCCAUCACCAACUAUGAGCAAAAACUGUAGCGACAGUAUCCGAUUCAAAGGAAACGAAAUGGUCCUUGAAGUUGUUCUUUCAACUGACGGGGUUGAGCCUCUCUAUUUCAUAACACCAGAUGACUUAACUUAUCAAGCUAAGUGCCCAAUUCAACCAGCUAUGAGGAAGUCAUCUGUUGCUCCUAUUAAACCUAUCAACGAAGUUACAGACACAACAAAGCAAAUGGAAGCUUCGGCUCAUGCAUUGUUCUCUAUGUUGGCUAAAGAAACAUCUUUACCCAAAAAGGAAACGUUCCAAUUACCUUUGACAACUCCUACUCCAAGAGGCGCUAACACCAGAACGACAACCACUGUAGCACCACCUUCAUCUACCACAACGAUGAAAUCUACUACUCAUGCUCCAACUACUACAACGAGCACUACAACAACAACAACAACAACUACUACUACUACUACUGCUACCCCAACUACCUCUACGACAACGACAACGCCCAAAUCAACUACUCAAACAACGCAAGUUAAUUUCGAUAUUUUUGAAACAAACGAACUUGGCGAGCAAAAAGAUGUACAACCCGAAAGUGUCGCUCAACCCAAUUUAGAAACAAACAAUGGAGUUCUCGAAAUUUCUUUUGGCGAUACCACUAGCACACUGAAGCCCAUACCUUCAAACUCUGAUUCACAACCUUCCUCAAGCACUAGCACCACUAUUUUAAGCACUAGUACUGUUAUUCAAAUCACGACUGAAAGCGCCCCAUCGACUAAUUCCACAACACGAACUACAACUACUGUUAGUCCAAGUUCUAGUGAAACACCUACCUCACCUUCUCAAAGUUCAACCACCACUAGCACUAAUGAAACCAAAACAAAUAUUGAAAAAGUUGAAGUUCCAAAAGUCCCAAUAGUACUAUCUGAUGAACUCUCUUCUACUACGGUAAGCCCCACUACAUCAUCUACUGCUACAACACAAAAUCAAUCAACUGCUCAUACGGAAACUGCCAAACCGCAAGAGACUACAAUUGUUAGUAUUGCUACUCAAGGGCCUCAAUUCGAGCCUGAUGGUUCAGUUAUUCAAGAUAUACCAACUGGAGCUCCAGAACCUGUUGAAACCUUUGAAGAAAACAAAGAAGUGAUGAUAGUUAACGGAGUUUUUAUGAAUGCGACUAAAGAACCACUAUUGGCAACUCUACCUUCGAAAGCGACAGUCACCGUCUUAGAAGUAACUACUGUAGCUUCUACCUCACAUAGUACUCCUUCGCACAGUACUGCUUCGCACAGUACUGCUUCUCACAGUACUCCUCCGCACAGUGCAGCUUCGCACAGUGUAGCUUCGCACAGUACACCUUCGCACAGUACAGCUCCGCACAGUUCAACUUCGCACAGUACAACUCCACGCAGUACAACUUCACACGGCUCCAUUGUGGCAUCUAGAGAAAAAGAAGAACAAACGGUCAAAACUGAGCUGAACACAAUACCAAUUGCUGUUGAGAAAAAGAAUUUGCCAGAGUCCAGUUCUCCAGCCAUGUCUGUAUCUACAAGAGAAACUACAUCUCCUACAGAACCACCUGUACAACAGACAUCUACCAUUGAGACUCCGAAAAAAGAAGCUCCCGCAAAAGGUACUUCGCAACCAAUACAGGAGCAUUUGAGAAAAAUGCAGUUAGUUGAGAACAAAGCUCGUUCUAUAAUUGAACAAGAGAAAAAGGUUACAAAGCCCCAAGUAAAGUUGCAAAAAUCAAUCAAAAAAGCAAAUCGUCAAACCAAAAAACCUGCUACAGAUAUCCCUUCAACAUCUACUGUUUCAAGUAGUAUUAAGGCACCCGUAAAAAGUUCAAAGAGAAAGCCAGCAGCUCAAGCUAAACCUCAAAUUAAACCAGCAACUACUAAAAUCAAACCAUCUGGAAAACAGUUAUCUCGACAAUCGAGGCCAGCACAAACUAUUAACCAUUCACCGACUAAUCAAACGUCAACAUCCCGAUCACCUGUGAGAAGUCAGAGAAGAAAAACAGUGUCAACUAAUCCAGUCACGACAACGACAACUUCUCCUUCCAUAACGUGGAAUCCAACCCUUGAGCGUAUUACCAAAUUGCUAGAAAAGGGAAUGCCCAUCGAAGAAAUACUGAAAUCGGAUGAAAUAAAUUUGAAAGAUCUUGAUGUUUUACGUGGUAUUGCCACCACCACCACUACGUCUCCGACCACAUCCACAACACUUGCUAAGCUCAACAGAGUAGUUAAAAAAGCUCAGAAUCGUCAAGUCCCAAAACAACGAAGAAGUUCAUCUGCUACUCUUUCGCAUACCACAACAGCAUCGUCUCCUCCUGCUACAUCAUCGAAACGAUCCCUAUUUAAUCGUCAACAUUCCAAUUCACGCCGUCCAUCUCAACGGCAACAAUCUCGCAAGUCUACCCCUGAUGCAACCGUUCCAAAUACAAGUACUUCAACAACUUCUGCAUCAACCACUGCACCUCGUCGAGCAAUAGCUGUUAGCAGAGGCGUUGUUCAUAGAAGAGAGCCUUCGAAUACUUCAAACAAAACAUCUAUUUUGAGCAUCCCAAUCAAAGAAGAGAAAAAGCUUCCUCUCCCUAGACAUCCCUCAAACCGCAGUUCAAACUCAAAACCCAGAAAACAAGUCAAAAAAGAAUCAAAACUUUUUGCCAGAAAAUCUCCGAAAGCUGCCCAAGCUUUACCAAUUAAAGACAUUGAAGGAGAUAUAAUGGCUAUGCUCUUGAAAUUAAGCCAUUUGAUAGAUAAUCAACCCAUGAUUCUCCAGAAAAACCAAGUAGAUUCAAAUAGAAAUAGCAAGACAAUGACAAAUAUGAAAAACAAUGCUCAACAGCCUAAGAGACGAACUUCAACCAAGGCAACAACAACAACCUCAACACCUACCACCACAACCACAGUUAAGCCUACUACCAAAGUCUUCCAUAGAGCACCUGCUGUUCAUGCUCCUGGACCUGCUUCUUCCACAAACCAAAAAAUUGUGACAGCCGUAAAAGAACCUGUUUCUUUUGAUAUUUACAAGGAUGGACGACCUGUGGACGGAGUAGUUGUGGGCUCAAAGAUCACAUUUGCUUUCACACCACAUUAUCCUAUCCCUGCUGAUCACAUGUCUAUUAUUGGUUGUCAAUCUGAGCCAGUAGAUCCAAAAUACGAAUGGGAGAAAGAAGUUCUGCCUAUCAUCAAAGACAGUUGUCCAGUUGAUUUCGUUGGAUUGGUUUGUCCACCCUCGCAAUCAGAGUAUGGACUAAAGGUUGUCGUUGAAUCCUUCAGGUAUCAAACAACACCGCAGGUUCUGUAUACUUGCCUAAUUCGCAUAUGUCCGUUCGGUGUUUGCCCUAAGAAGAAAUGCCCUGAUGUUGAAGGAUGCCCUAAUGAAAGACACAAACGUGCUCUAUCUCUGGAACAAAUUCGUGAAGCUUUAGAAAAAGACCCUGAUCUUGCACGUCAAUUCGGAAUCACAGCAGACAUGCUAACGAACAAGCCACUCUCAGUGGAGCAACAAUUGAUGGCAUUAGGAGGAGAUCACGUUGUACAGCGUCGUCUUGUCGUUGUCAAUUCAGAAGACCAACUGAAAUAUUUUGUUAAUACUGGAGAUCUUCCUUAA